AUGAUUAAAAAUUUAAUUAUCUUUGUUUUUAUUUUUAAUUUAUAUAUUAAUUCAGUUUAUUCAGAAAUAGAUAUAAAAUGGAACUAUUGUCAAACUGAAAAUUGUUCAGAAGAUCCAUCACGUGAAACUUGCCUAAGUAAAUUAUUUGAAGGUGGAUCAAAAUAUUCAUAUAUAAAUAUACCAGAUUAUCCAACCAAUGUAACUGUAUUAAAUAAAUUAUAUUCAUUUACAUAUUAUGAAAAUGAAAAAUUACUUCAAGUUAGUGGUGGAUAUAAUACAACCAAACCAUAUUCAACCAAUUAUACAUUUCCAUUCAUUGCAGAAACAACUAACCUCUAUGAGGAUGAAACUUGUGUAAUCAUUGAUCAAACAGAAUGUUAUUUAGCUGUUGUUUGUGAUAUCAAUGAUAGUGAUAGAAAUAAACGCUUGGCAAUUGCUUUAGGUGUAAUUUUACCAAUUUUAGCUUUAUUAGUUGGGGUUUUUGCUUUCAUUAUCUAUAAAAGAUAUAAAAAUAAAAAAGAUGGUUAUUUACCAGCAAGUACAAUAGAAAUUAAUUAG